AUGGAAAAAUGUAUUCUCAAGUCCGUUCGUGGCAAUGGUCCUCUUCAAUGCCUGCCAUCUUCCAUUUACCCACACCGAUUAGUCUGCUUUGCAGACAGUCACUCCCAAAUCGUUCGAGUUCUUCGACAAUCCGAAGUGGUUGUGUCUUCCACAUCUCCUCAAACCUCCUCGGUGUCAACCUCAAAUCUGUUACCUUCGGGAAGCUCAUCUAUUGCCACUAAUCCACUUUCUUCUCCACCAUCAUCUUCAAGUUUCAAUUCAUCUUUCUCCGCCAGUGGAACCACGGGUUUGGACAUUCUAGAGUCAAGAUUCCAUUGUCUUCNCGCAAGAAGAGGGCUGGACACCGAAUCAGGUGGGUCUUCUCCAUUUCCUCCUGUAGGUUACAUAGGCGGCAUGUGGUCUGAGUGUAUACUCCCAAUCUGUGAAACGGCAUGUGGUCUGAGUGUAUACUCCCAAUCUGUGAAGGAGGGAAGCGUUUCAGUUGGUGCUCGGUCUUCAAUCUGUGAUUCCGAUACCGAGAAUGGCAUCGGCGUUCAACCUGCACCUAUUAAUAGUGAUGUCACAAUUCAACCACCGUCGGUUCAAGGGAACUCUACCAUUUCUUUCUCUCAAGCUACCCAAAGACGAUCGAUAAAGUCGAUAAAGGAGGAGUCUCAUCGUCAAUCGAUUGCUGCCUUUCCAAAAGCGCCUGCACUCACACUCACGGAUAAUAGAUCCAUAAACCGACAAGCUGGUAUUAGUGUGUCGGGAGGAAAAGCCCCGCAUAGGUUCCAGCAAAAUCGAUUCUUCAAGAAGGACAGUGCUUCAACAAUAAAUCUUGGUGUAUCAGUGACCGAUGCCUUCCUGCAAUCUAGAACCAACAGUACCUCUUCAAUUGAUCAGGAUCCACAAGUUGGUGCCAUGAGCAGUGUUUCCAUCGAAUCGAUGUGUCCAAUCAAUGGAUUAAAUGAUGAUGGUCUUGGCUAUAGAAUGGAUCAGGAAGACGUGGAUAUCAACAAAGAACCUUGGUUCCAUGGAGUUUUACCGCGAACAGAAGUUGUUCGACUUCUUCAAAAUCAAGGCGAUUUCCUAGUGCGCGAAACGAGCAAAGCCGCAUCCACUUCCUACUUGGCUCGUCAUGGUCGUCGUCAUCGAGGUGGUACAGACGCCCCCUCUUUAACCAACCUCUGGGCCUCUUCCUCUAAUGGAGGGACUACUAUUGGCUCCCCAUCUUCCGCUUCAACAACUACCCUCUUAGCCGGUUCGCAGAGCACUGAGGAUCUGCGUAGCAGUGGGGUUAUCAGUAGUAAUGGCAAAGUGGUUGUCACGAAGAUGGUCCUCUCGGUUUACUGGAAUGGGAACAAACAUUUUUUCAUUCAGGGGGGAAAUGAAGCCUCUGAGGGAUCGGGCGACCUUGGAAAUAGGAGAGGUGGUUGGUCGUUUGAGGAGUAUGAGUUUCCUACUCUCAGGGAUCUGAUUGAAUACCAUAUGCGAACAGGGAAACCGGUUACCCAGUCUUCGGGAGCGAUCCUUCUAAAUCCAAUAUCUCGGCCGGAUUGGCAGUUGGAUAACAGGGAUGUAAUACUCCUGGAGAAGAUUGGACAAGUUAGUUUCUCUUCUCAUGCAUAUUAUGCUGUUUAA